AUGAAGACGCCCUUUUCUCAGGUCCUCUCCCUUGCGGCUUUCGCAUUAUCGUGGAGCCCUGCGCAAGCCCACCUCGCCGAACGCGAUCUCACCCUGUUCGAAGAGCGCUUCGUUAACUCACUCGAAUACCUGCUCCCGAACAAUACUAUCAAGUUGAUCGGCUUCAAGAAAGUCAAGGUGCCAGAGCAUGAACUCAACGACUUGAAUCAGCACUACAGGAGUAACCCCAAUGAGUGGGGAAAGCUAAGCAAUUAUUUCUAUGAUCCUCCCACUGGGACUUUCCGAAUUUAUUUCCCUGUUGAAGGGGCCAUUGUCUCACACGGUGGGAAGCAUUACGAAGCCAACCACUUAGGAGAACUGGAUCUCCAAGAAAUCCACCGAGACUGCUCAGUGCUGGGCAGAAAACAGACUUCACACGUCACCGGAGUCGAAGGCAAUAUAAUCAAAGACGGUAUCAUUUACCUUGAGAACGCCCCCAAGCCGCACGCCCAGUACGGGAACACCUUUGUAUAUGACUUCGGUGUCAAAGUCAUCCUAGAUCACGACCAUGGGCGUUUUCAGAAACGCGACGGGAAAAAAGCCUGCAUGAAUAACCACGGAGGGCCGAACUGCAGCAACAAAUACAAUAUCCAUGGAAAAUGCAGCCGACGCAGUGACACCUGCAUGGACUACAACGGAUGGUUUUCGGAUUGCAAGAAAAACGGCCCAACCUGGAGAAACUUCCCAGGAAGCGAUUGCGACAAAGCUCUUGGUCGUGGGCAUUGCUGGAAUGAGGUUAUGUAG